AUGCGGAAUUUUGAUCCUGAUGAACAUGGCCACGAAAUUCCACUACGACUGGAGCGUCUUGAGAAGUUGAUGGAGUCUUUCGAAACAGUACAAUCAGAGUACGAAGAGUUCGAUGCUGAUGAAUACUUUACACUGGAAAAUGCCGAAAUAAGAGCCAAGGUCGAAGAAAAAUAUUUUCAAGUGAAAGCUGGUUUGCUAGUGAAGCACUCCACCCAACAAUUGCCUGUGGCAUCAACCUCUACUCAAGCUAUCCCCGCGCAACUACCAUUUCCCAACCCACUGUCGAACGUUAAACUGCCGACGAUCACGCUGCCUGAGUUCGAUGGUGAUUUUAAUGGAUGGCUGACCUUCCACGACACCUUCCUUUCCAUGAUUCACUCGUCAACGGAGAUAUCAAGUGUGCAGAAAUUUCACUAUGUUCGCGCUGCUCUAAAGGGAGAAGCUGCGAAUCUCAUUCAUUCUAUCACCAUCACCGCUGCGAACUACUCUGUUGCGUGGGACACGCUUAUCAAGCGUUAUUCCAAUAAGAGUCUACUACGAAAAAAGCACAUACGGGCGCUCCUGAAGUACCCAAAGAUCCCGAAUGGUUCUUUGGAGGCGCUCCACCGCAUUUUUGAUGAUUUUCAACGGCACACCAAGGUACUGCAGCAGUUAGGAGAACCUGUCGAACAAUUUAGUUCCAUUCUGAUAGAGCUGCUGGUAGACAAAUUAGAUGACGCCUCCCACAGCGCAUGGGAGGAAUCAAUCGCAUCAGAUGAAAAUCCGACCUACGAAAAAAUGGUUGAGUUCCUGCAGAAAAGGACUCGAGUGCUGGAGACGAUUAUGGUCAACCGCCCAAGCCCAUCCCAAUCCAAAACCGGAAACCACAAUUCUGGAAUCCAAAAGCAGAAUGCCUCCCGUGUCAGCUCCAACGCUAUGGCUGAAAGUGUUAACAAGGAAUAUCCGUUAUGUCCCGCCUGUGAAAAACAAAGGCAUUCGCUGAUGGACUGCCUCUUAUUCAACGAAAUGAAUAUUCAAGAUCGUUUGAGGGUCGUAAACGACAAAAAGCUAUGUAGCAAUUGCUUCCGUAGCGACCAUUUUGCUCGUACUUGUCGCUCAAAGUUUGUGUGCAAGCAAUGCACCAAGCGACACCACACGAUGAUACACCCCGGUUACAUCGAAGUUCAAUUGCAUCCGGAACCUAAAUCAGAGACAACCCCGAAAACAGAAAACGAGCCCCUACCUGGUCCCUCUCGCGUGGUAUCUGCUAUUGCCACCACCGAGACUUUGGCUGCCGACAAUAAUGCUCACGUAGCGCAGCUGUAG